UCAGAAGUUCACGGUUACAGUAGGCCUGCAGCUUGGGGUGAUGCUCUUUCUCAUUUUUGCCUUGUUCCUUCCACUCUCUGUGUUUCACAACACAGCAAGCCAUGAAACCAACUCACAAAUAUUGAAACCGGAAGUAAAUGGUAUUAAAUGGUCAGAGCCGGAAGUGCAAGCGAAGAUGACUGAUUUCUCCAGAAAGGAGGAUUUCACAUCAACCGAAGUGUUUGCUUCGACUGAAGCGUUGGAACAGGAAACUAUUGAUGAUGAUGAACUCGAGGUUGUUAAUGACGAUCUCGCGGUUGUUGACGAUGACCUCAGACUGCAACCGGAAGUUGACGUAACCACGCCCACGUCUAUUGAUACAAGCUCACGUGUGGUGAAGAGAUCUACAGGAUCAAACCUGGCGGGACUUCCGUGGUUUGAUUCAUGUGGAGAGGCCAUGCCCAUCACACCUCGUGUAUUGUCCUCAGGUAAAACCCUCAAUCAUGCAGCUGCAUACAACAAUAUAUCAAACGAAUAUCUUGUUGUAUUCGAUUCUGAUCGAAAUUUUGACAACUUGCCGGAAAGACUGUACGCAACACGUCGUAGAGUUUUGUGUGAAAACACUCGAGCUGCAACAGUAGAUGCAAUGAUUUCAAUUUCGAUUAGAGAUGGGAAGUAUCAAGGAUGGCCAUCGAUUGCAUACAAUGUACACAAAAAUGAGUAUCUGGUUGUGUAUCAGGCAUAUCAUACACGAGUUUCCAGAUGGUUGAUUAUCGGGCAACGAAUUUCUGCUGAUUCGAAUAGAACAGAACGAGCAGGAAAUGCUUUCAUUGCCAUGUCAAUAGUCAGCAACAACAGACGACUCAACUGUAUUAACCCCAUGGUCAUCUAUAUACCAAACACUCAACUGUAUGUUGUUGCUGGUGAAGUUCAGUUGUCACGUGACCAAUACCAAGUUCGUGUCGUCUGCUUCAACUCUACUCUAAAACCAAACGCGUCCUCGACUUUUCCAUUUAAUGGCUCAGUAAGAAAGCCACAUCUUGUCCAUGAUCCGAUCAACAACCGAAUGUAUCUGAUUGUUAGAAGCAUCGUUGACAAACGAGCUAAACUUUUGUACAUCGUAUUGCGCGAAGACUGCACAAUCAUGCCAUCUGAUCCUCUAGAUUUUAUUCCAACUGCAGUGAUGAUCAGCUCAACGUCGGUUUCUAACUCACGAUUUGAGGCAACAUUCGAUCACAGCACAGGAUCUGUUGUUUGUGUAUGGUCUGAUACGAAUGAAGAAGAACAGCGUGUGUUGAACAGUGCGAGACUGGAUGGAUACGAUGUGACUCUCGGACCUGGAAAAUUUAAUAGCCUUGAUAAGAAUCCUAUACAGCGUGCUGAUGUUGUGUACUAUCCACCGUUCGAGUCUCCUGUUGUUGUUUGGGAAGAGGUGAUUGGCGGUCGUUCGUUUCUUGGUGGGUCGAUGCUGCUUGUUGGAUCAGUUGCGAUGUAUAAUGUCGCUCGGCGUCAGUCUGAUCCUGUUGUCAUAUAUGUUUCUGAUCCGAACAACAAAAAGUUGAUUGUUGUGUGGAGACAGUAUGUUCGGUAUGAUAUCAGAAUUUUUGCUCAGUGCUUAUGUGAAUCUCCAAGGGGUCUUCCUUCUACUGCUCAGAAUCUUAUUGUUGGUCGUCCUGGUCUCUUCUACUGGAUGCCUGCACAGGAUCGAGCUCGUCUGGCAGCAUUAUUUACUAAUGAAAUUCCAGAUGUUGGGACAAGUGAUUUCAAUCUACAGCACAACAAGAUGGCUUGGUAUAACAGAACAGACCAAACAAUUAGAGUUUCAGAUUUAGAUGGUCAGAAUCCAAACACGGCAGCAAUUGAUGUCAAUGAGCCGGGAGCGAUGGCUGGUGACUUUUCAAACAAUGCACUGUUUUACACAGAUCCUGUAGAAAACAGCGUUGUUUCUGUGCGCACUGAUGGCAAUAAUAUUCAGAACACAGUUGAGACAGAUGUGGGCGAUCCAAGUAUUUUGGCUGUUAGGGAUAACAGAUUGAUAUACAGCGAGGAGUCUGGUGGCGUCUCCUCAACACUUGUUGGAGGGGACAAUGACGAUGGUCCUACGUUAGUGUUUGAUCCCUCUCUACAAAGUGACAAGGAAGUCGUUAAUAUUAACGGAAGUGGUGUCAAUGACACACUACAACUAGGCAACAACGAAACCAACCUUAUCAAAAGCCCAACGUUUGUCACACUUGACACCAUCGUUUUCGGUUUUAAUAACUCAAUAAAUCUUGCCAAUAUCAGCAAUACCAAUGACUUUGCAACAAUAGUAACAGAUGCAGGGAGUCCAGACUCAAUGGCUGCUACUGAAAACAGAACCUGUUGGCAUGACAAAAAGGCAGAAAAAGUAUCUUGUGUAAAAAAUAACAGCAACACUGUUGAAGUAGCAAGACAAAAGGUGCUAGGUGACAACAAACUUCAUAAUCAACAAGAUGGCAGUGACAACAAGACAGCAAAUCCAUGCAGAGAUAGACAAAAUGGUGGUUGUCAACAGAUUUGUAUCGCUGAUGGUGCUGUUGCUCAAUGUGAAUGCAGAGAUGGAUUAAUUCUGAAAGGCACCGAAUGUGUUCCUCCAGAGCCGUGCUCAAAUUGCUCAAAACCGAAGAUUUCAGACAUCUGUUGGGUGAGAGAAUUGGAAAAGACAUUUGUGUUUAGUGGUGAAGUUCGAGGAAAUUUAACGAAGAAAAAUCGUGCACGCUACACGGUCAAAGACGUUAAGAUUUUCUAUGGAAGAUUACUUCUGAAAGAGAAGAAGCUCUAUAAAAAAAAUAAAUCGCUUCGAGUGUGGAUUAAAAUCCCAGUCUGCUGUCCAACGAUCAAAAAAGGACAGACGUACCUUUUUGUUGGAAAAAUGAAUGCAGACAAUCAAGUCGUUAUACCAACUCAUGGACAAGUGAUGAAAUGGAAGAAAAAAAAGGAACUGGGUGUGAAGAAAGUCUGUAACAUUUCUCACAGAUGAUUUCAAUUGACUAACAGUUGAUUUCAAUGGACUGGAUAACAAUGCUAGUCUAGAGUUCGUCUUUUGUAGCACUUCCGAGUGUGACUGCUACUUGCUUCAUUGUAGACACGACUAGACGGAAACAUGGAAUCAAUUGAUAUCAAUGAAUGAUGA